AUGGACAUUCUGUCACAAAGUGAGCAAUUAGCACUAGUGGAGAGGUCAAUGCGCCAACCUGUCCGUAAAUGUGUGAGAGAUGUACAAAAAUACUUUCUAAUGGAUGACGCGCACAAUGCGAGCGCGCUGAUAUUUGAAACAGAAUUGGCAGAACCGAAUAUUCUAAGCGAGCUUCCACUGAUCGAGACUAACGCAGUAUCCACACUGUUCCAGGUGCUAGCACUGCUGGUGUGCCUGGCGACAGUACGCUGCGCCUCCGCCGCGGAGCAGGCGCCCGCAGCCGACGGACUCGUGCAGACAGACUCCGACACUGACCUCGUCGCCGAGGCCACGCAAACAGGUCCGGCCCAGAAGCGCGAGGCGGUACUGUCUAACUCGUACGGGGAGCCGCUGCCGGCCGACGCGUACGGCCCACCGCUACAUAUACCUGACACCGCUCCAGAGCUCCAGCAGGGCGCCCCCGCGCCAGUGUACGGAGUGCCCGACGUGGUGGUGUUCCCCCCGCCCCCCGCCCCCCAGGGCCAGCCCGCCGGCACCUACGGACCUCCAGCCCCCGUCUCGUUCCCCAGCCAAGUGUACCACGGACCUCCCCCACCAGUGCAAAACAGGCCGAAACCAAUCUACGGGCCUCCGAAACCUGUAUAUGGGCCUCCGAAACCUGUGUAUGGACCUCCAAAGCCUGUCUACGGACCUCCGAAGUUCAGUUCACCCAAGAAGACUUACGGGCCUCCGAAGUUAAGCCUGCCCAAGCCUUCGUAUGGAGUGCCCUUCAAGCCGCCGAAAAUAACAUUAAACAAGCCAUUGUUCUCUGCGCCCAAACCAGUGUACGGACCUCCGAAGCCAGUGUACGGGCCUCCUAAACCGGUGUAUGGACCCCCUCCACCCCGCGAUACUGUCCCCGCCCUCCCUCUCCCUGAGUUGCCACAGGUGUCCUUCCCUCCUAUCAAUAACAACAACCUCGACCUGGGUUUCAUAAACAACAACAAUCUUGACCUUGGUCUGAAUCUCCCUGCUCCUAUUUACGGAACUCCGCUACUCUCUCUCCCGGUAGACCUGAAACCCAAUUUCCCUCUCCCGACUGAUACAUACGGUCCCCCCGGCCUGCCGCUGGGUCCCGCGGGUCCCAACGACCAGCUGUUGCUACAGAACAUCGGUAGUUCAGGUCACUACGGUCCGCCCCAGCCGGACCCGAACCCGCGACCUCCUCACCCCGGCGUGCCCGCUCCCCCUACACCACCGCACGUGUUGUACGACGGAUGGAAGCCCAUCCCGGGAGUGUCGCUGCCCGGAGGGCCCGCGGGACACGCCGCCCAGCAGUACGGACCUCCUCCAGUAGAAGACUUGCACAUCAACUUGGAGCAGAACUUGCCGGGAGUGGACGUGCAUGAGUUCUCCCCCCCGCGGGGGCCGGGCGCCGACAUAUCGGGCGGGUACUCCAGCGUGCAGCACGGCGGCCUGCUGGCCGGCCUCGACUUGCGCGGCCUGCUCGCCGGGGACAACAACCACAUCGCCCCCGCACACACUGUGUUCGAGGCACACUACACCGACAGCGCGGCCGGCCCCGCCCCGGCCCCGGCCCCGGCCCCGGCCCCGCAGUACGGCGCCCCGCCCGGCCUGCCGCUGGGGUACGGCCAGCAUUCAGGCGGCGGGCACUCGGGCGGCCCCCCCCCUCGCCAACCCGUCGCCUUCCGCGCCGCCGUCCCGCGCGGACUCUUCCAACACAUCGCACAGACCACGCACCACAAGGACGCGCUCGGCACGGACCACGCGGCCGCCGGGCCCGCCUACUUGCCGCCGCCCAUCCGCGACGUCAAGGACGUCCACGCCCAAACAGCCACCGCUGGCCACAGCGUGUCGCUGUCCAUCGAGCCCAGCAGUAUGUUCAGCCUGCCCCACGCGGGCAGUCCGCUCGCCUUCCAGGCACCCAACGGCUUGUACGGCUCACCCGUGGACUCGUACUCCGCCCCCCUGCUGACAGUGGGCGGCGGGGACCACGCGACGUCGGCCUCGUCCAACGCCCCCGUGGCCACCAGCCCCGACGCCGCGCUGCUGGCCAACUUGACCGCGCUGUCCGGGCUGGACGCCGCCGCCAUCCUCAAGCACUGCCCCUACCACGAGGCCAUCCUGAAGGCCGCGCAGGCCGGCACCGCCAUCCCGCAGGACCUGGCCGCCAAGUACGUCAACAGCCUCAACAGCCUCGGCUCCUCCCUCAGCGAGGGACACACCAAGAGGGAGAACAAGGACCUCUACACCGUGCACAAGGCCAAGUCCUUGAAGGAGAAGCACACCGUGCGCGCCGAGCAACUGGAGCAAGUUAGCAAGCAGAUACAGGAGACGGAGGACAGGAUCCGCCUCCUGAACCAGCAGGCGCAGGAACUGCAACACAAGAUCGUGUCCUCCGGGCACUCGCUGGGCGGAGGGUCGCAGCCAGCGCCGGGCGCCACCUACUCCGUGCAGAUCCAGCCCUCCCACGGCGGGAAGUCGGCCGCGCCACACGAACAGCUACUGUCCGACGGACUGCUGCAGAGCAUCCUGCAGGCCAUCGACCAGCCCGGCACACAGCAACAACAACUGCAACAACAACAACAACAACAACAACAACAGCAGCAACAGCACCAGCAACAACUGCAACAACUACAACAACAGCAACAACUGCAACAACAACAACAGCAGCAACAACCCCCGCAGUUGUCCCGCCAGCAGAGUCUGCCCGUGGAGACGGCGGGGCAGACGUUCAACUCGAACACUCGCAGCGAGUCGUUCCCCGACGGCAUCGUGCUCCCGCAGGGAUACGAACCCGUGGACCGGUCGCAGGACCAGCAGGCGGCGGGGACCCAGCAGCACUCGGUCAGCGACUGCGACCUGAAGGCGGCGGGCUCCGCCCCCAGCGCGGCCGUAGCCCCGGCGACUGCGCCCCCCGCGUCCGACGAGGUGGCGCUGUACUUCGGGGCCAGCGAGCGCCCCGCACUCUAG